AUUGUCAAGGAAGCCGAGGAUUACGGGUGUUCUCAAGUGGACCUGCUACAAAACACACACACACACCUCUUCCUCUUUAAACUCACUCACUCUCUCUUUCAUUUUGGGUCAAACAAGUCAACAAAAGCAAAACCUCUUUCUUCCUUACUCACUCUCUCUAGAUUCUCUCGUCUCUCCUCUGAAGAGAGCGAUUCUUUUUUUAAGUCUUAACAAUGACGUCGACGACUUGCGCAAAGGAGGUGCAUUACAGAGGAGUAAGAAAGAGGCCAUGGGGUCGUUACGCUGCUGAGAUAAGAGAUCCUUGGAAGAAAACUAGGGUUUGGUUAGGCACUUUCGACACUCCCGAAGAAGCCGCUCUUGCUUACGACGGCGCCGCUCGUUUCCUCCGUGGUAUCAAAGCCAAGACUAACUUCCCUUCUCCUCUCUCUCUCGACCUCAACCACAUCCCUUCCGCUCCCUCCGCCUCCGCCGCAGAUAGCCAACACCAACACCAUCACCAUCAACAUCAACAGCUCUGGUUCGCCGCGCCUCCUCCUCCUCCUACUGUCUCCGACCACCAUCACCAACACCAACACCACCGGAUUUUUCUACGAACCGGAGUGCUAAACGACAAAACUUCAGAUUACACCUCCACCGAAGCGCCGCUUUACUUCACCGCCUCGUCUAACGCUGCCACGUCAUCACCUGGUGGUCGAGUUGUUGGGUUUCCUAUAAUGAGUCCUUCUCCUUCUUCCCCUGCUACGGUGAGACGUGGCUUAGCCAUUGACCUCAACGAGCCUCCGCCGCUUUGGCUGUAAAACAAAAGUAUCAUUGUCGAUGUAACGGUGCCGUUUUGAGCGGACUUUUAUAUACGGCGCCGUUUUUAGACAUCUUUCGGUGUGGAACUAUUUGUUUUAACUUUUUAGUCUCUUCUUUUUAGCAAAUAUCAUUUUGAGGUUUUUUUUAGUAGUUCUUUUAUCCUUCUUUUGUUCGUUAUGUAAGAGACGGAUAAGAUCGAUCGUUAUGAGAUCCAUGUUGCGGGAAAAACAAAAGAAACUUAUUUAAUUAUCAACAAGCCGUAUGUAUCUUUAAGGAUUCGAUCA